AUGGAUAUUCGAACUAAAUCAUUAAUUACUUUGAUUCAAUGUAAUAUUAAUAAUUAUAUUUAUAGUAAUGAUAUUGUUAGAUAUUUUGCAAUAUCUGAACAAGAUUUAUUAUCAGAAGCUGAAACUAACAGAGUUUGUGAAAUUAUUGAUGAAGUGACAAAAACACUUACAGAUAAAAAUAAUAAUUAUUUACAAUCAGUUUUUAAGAAUUUAAAUGUUUUUACGACUAUUAAAACUGAAAUUCAAAAAUGUACAAACAAAAAAAAACUUGUUGAUUAUAUUGAUUCUUUAACUACCAAAUAUAUUUUACAAUAA